AAGGGCUGCUGGUGGAAUAUCUCUCUUGUCUCAAAGUGGGAGCCUCCCUUCAGGAGCCGCAAUUAAUGACAUGCGAUUGUUUAAGCUGUGGCCUUUCCCAUCCUCAGCACACAGAGAGGAAACAGGAAAAGGAACUCCAACUCCCUGUGCCUGAACAGAGAGAGGGGUGGAGACGCUGGAGGAAAAGAAAGGGAGAGUUCAUUUGAGUCAGGAUCGAGGGAUGUGUGCGGACGGCAGUUUCUGACAGACACUCGGUCUCUGGGACUGAACGCUCUUCUCUGUGGAUGUGCACGAACUGGUCGGCUGUGUCUCGCGGGGACCAUGAGUCACAUGUCCUCCGUCACGCUGUGUCUGAUUGGCUGCUUGCUCACAGGCAGCGCUCUUGACAUCUCAGACGUGUCUCUGAUCAAUCCAGACCCGGUGGUGUCUUCGGCGAACCUGCCGUCACUCCUGUGUGUGAGCAGUGACUGGACCGGUUCUGGCGGCUCCAGUUCGCUGAGUUUGGGCCACGAGUAUCCUGAUGUGGACGCUCAUGUUUUGAGCACUGAACCGGACCGAAGCCGCCACUCUGCCGCUAAAGUCACGUGGAUUUCCCGCAAUCACACAUUUGGAGCUUUUUACUGCCAAGUCAAAAACUCGAACGGGAGUAAAAUCUACACCUACAAGAUGCUCUAUGAAGCUGACUUUUACCCUGAAUCUCUGACAAUCACUGUUAACAAAGGUGAAGACGUUAAACUCUCUUUCACGACAAAGAAAUAUUUACAAGAGGACAUAGUCAUCUAUAAAAACGGAAAUUUUGAACACUCAUCACCCAAAGAAGACAUUAUGGACAUAAUUCAUUUCCCAAUAACCAACACAAAAGCAAGUCAUGCUGGAUUAUAUUCCAUCCGUUACAUUUCUAAAGCUAAGUUCAGCUCAGCAAUAACCCGACUGAUUGUCAGGAGUUGUAAGGCCGGUUUAUGGGGCGUGAAUUGUGCGAAACCGUGUCUGCCCUGCGCUAAUGGAGGCGUGUGUCACGACGGGACGGGAGAAUGCAUCUGCCCUCCAGGCUUUCACGGACCCACCUGUCAAACCGUGUGUGGCGAGGGCCGCUUUGGCCCCAGCUGUAAGGAGCGUUGUGUAGACGGCCUCUGCCGAUCGCUGGUCUUCUGUCUCAGGGACCCGUACGGCUGCUCCUGUGCGUCUGGAUGGAAGGGCCUGAACUGCAGCGAGGCCUGUCCGUCUGGUUAUUACGGCGCCGACUGUAAACAGAAAUGUGUGUGUGAACGGGGCGAAUGCAAUCGCUUCAGAGGGUGUGUGUGUCCAGGCAGGCACGGAGCUCGCUGUGAGAGACAAGACAUGAGACCUGUGAUCGCGAGCAGUCUGAGAGACAUCGAGCUCAACUCAGGCGCCACAAACACGAUCAACUGCUCUGCGUCAGGCCAGCCCGCUCCGUUACACGGGGAAAUAACCCUGGUCAAACCCGACAAAUCCAAGCUCUAUGCAGUGGACACACAGACAGAAAACGAUCAAACAACGUCCACAUUCAGGGUGGAGAAAACCACUUUAUCUGCCGCCGGCCGCUGGUUGUGUCAGGUGAAAACCAAAAACUUUCAGGAGGAGAAGGACUUUAUAGUGAAUGUCAAAGUUCCACCGCAGGCUCAGAAUCGGCCCGUCCUGAACGGCAGCGGUCCACAUCACCUGAUUCUGCAGGUCGAUAAGGAUCCCUUCACGGGAGAUGGACCAGUCACCUCGGUCAAGGUCGUCUACCGGCGGGCCAGCGCAUCCACAUGGAGAAGCGUUGAGGCGAGCGGCUCUCUGGUAAAGCUGGAUAAUCUUUCUCCCAUGAUGGACUACACUACACUGGUGCAGCUCAGCCGCCGCGGACCAGGAGGAGCCGGCCAGCACGGGCCCGAAGCCACUUUCUCCACACAGAGGCUCGAGCCGCUCGUGGGUGUGAAAUUGACGCCUGUCAAUCAGACCUCGCUGGUCCUGUCGUGGGACGCGGCUCCUGCCGACGACACCUGGGGUUACGAGGUCACGUGUCAGCAGGUCGGAGCUUCAGAAACCGUGAGGAGAUUCCAGCUCGUGUCAAACUCCUCCAGUCUCCAUCUGAGCGAGCUGAAACCCAGACACAAAUACCAGUGCAGGGUGACGACGACCAGCAGCGCCACAGAUCUGCCCUGUCCCACCGCCAGCGCCUGGACGCUCAGCGACCAGCUUCCUCCUCCUCCUGCCAACAUCUCCACCUCUAACAUCAGUGACAGCUCAGCCUUCAUCACCUGGUGUGUGUCCGAGGGUCACUCCGUCUCCAGAGCCGUCAUCCGCUACCAGCAGACGGAGCAGAAGGACUACAGCCAGCAGGUGGAGCUCGGCAUGCAGCCGGACCAGACCAGCAUGAGCUUCCAGCUCAUGCUGGUGGAGCUCGGCGUGCAGCCGGACCAGACCAGCAUGAGCUUCCAGCUCCGGGGCCUGAGGGCCGACAGCACCUACCAGCUGGAGCUCUGGACCCUCAACAACGUGGGAGAGAGUGUGGAUCGGCCACAGGUCAUCCUCCAGACGCUGACCCCGCAGGAGAGCAAACAGCUGCACGGACUCACGGCUCAUGGAAACAUGCUCUUCUACGCCAUACUGGGCUCCGCUGGCAUGACGUGCAUCACCAUCCUGCUGGCCUUCUGCAUCGUAUUGCAGCUGAAGAGAGCCACCUUCCAGAGACGCAUGGUGCAGGCCUUUCACAACAUAGUGAGAGAGGAGCCCGUGGUCCAGUUUAGCUCCGUGCCUCUAAACAUGCCGAAGAAAGUUCCCAACUCCAGCCAGUCUGUGGCCUAUCCAGCCCUGGAUUGGAGCGACAUAAAGUUCCAGGACGUGAUCGGAGAGGGAAACUUUGGACAGGUGUUGAAAGCUCGCAUUAAGAAAGACGGGCUGAGGAUGGAUGCGGCCAUCAAGAGAAUGAAAGAAUAUGCAUCUAAGGACGACCACAGGGACUUUGCGGGCGAACUGGAGGUCUUGUGUAAGCUGGGUCACCAUCCGAACAUCAUUAACCUCCUGGGAGCGUGUGAACACAGAGGUUACCUGUAUCUGGCCAUUGAAUACGCUCCUCACGGAAACCUGCUGGACUUCCUGCGUAAGAGCCGCGUGUUAGAGACGGACCCGGCCUUCGCCAUCGCUAACAGCACCGCCUCCACGCUCUCCUCGCAGCAGCUCCUGCACUUCGCUGCGGACGUGGCACGAGGCAUGGACUACCUGAGCCAGAAACAGUUUAUUCACAGAGAUCUAGCAGCCAGAAACAUCCUGGUAGGAGAAAACUUUAUGGCAAAGAUCGCUGAUUUCGGCCUGUCCAGAGGUCAGGAGGUUUACGUGAAGAAGACAAUGGGCCGUCUGCCGGUGAGAUGGAUGGCCAUUGAAUCUCUCAACUACAGUGUUUACACCACCAACAGUGACGUGUGGUCGUACGGCGUGCUGCUCUGGGAGGUGGUCAGCUUAGGAGGAACACCGUACUGCGGUCUGACGUGCGCUGAGCUCUACGAGAAACUCCCACUGGGCUUCCGGCUGGAGAAGCCGCUCAACUGCGAUGACGAGGUGUAUGAGCUAAUGAAACAGUGCUGGAAGGAGAAGCCGUACGAGAGACCGUCAUUCGCUCAGAUCCUGAUGUCACUCAAUCGUAUGCUGGAGGAGCGGAAGACGUACGUCAACACGACGCUCUAUGAGAAGUUCACCUACGCCGGCAUUGACUGUUCUGCGGAGGAGGCUGGCUGAUCUCAGAGCUUCAUUACGCUUAAUAUCAUCCUCUAAUUCACAGACUAGAGGUUUACACACACUGUGUGUAUCAUAUUUCUGUUUGCUGUGAAGUGUUUAUUGAUAUGUGAGAUGUUGACUGCAGAUGCUGACAGAUGUGUAACAUUUGUAUAUUUCAUUGUUUUUAAUAAAACCCCUGUUGUUUGA